UAACAAAUUUGUAAAAUAAGAAAUAUACUAGUAGAAAUUAGCAAUAUUAUGGAAGGAAAUAUAUAAUAAUAUUUUGGAUAUAUAGCAAAUACCUCUUGGCAAACAGCAAAGAAAUAAGAAGGAAACACAGAAUCUCGACUUAUGCUUGAAUUCAUAACAAAUAGAAGUAGAUAGUAUCGCAACUUAAGAAAACUGCAAAUUGCAAAAGUGAAAAGUAUUGAAUACAUAUACAUAACAUACUUUUGUGUAGUCCUUAAAUUAUUUUACGAGCUGCUAAUGAAGUCAAAAAUUUUGUUUAAAAUUGCAAUUGCGAAUACGCAAAAUGUUGAUUCUUAGUUCAAUAAAUAUUAGAAUAAAAUAAAUGGCGGUAAAUACAGUCAAUAUUCCAUAAAUUCACCAAAAGCGGUGAAAAUAUCGUACAAUAUUCAUUACUAUUCAUAUCAUUGCAUUAUUUAAGCAGAUUAAAGAUGUUGGAUCCAGAAAAUAUCAGAUAUAUACUACUGGCAAUUAAGCAAGGGAAAUCUAUGACAGUUGCUCAAAUUAGAAAGUGGUUGUGCAAUGAAGCUUCUUAUAAAAUAGAAGAUGCCGCUGAUAUAUUAUUGAAAGCUGUACUUGAUGGGAUUUUGAUACCAUCAAGUUCAGAAAUUCUAGAAAAAAUAAGAAAAACAAAUGCCCUCAGAGAUAAUGUUAUAUUAAGCCUUGUAGAUAUUGACAGUUUACCAGAAAAUUUUUUAGAAAAGGAUCCGUACUGCUAUGAAUGUCAUAAACCUGGAGUAUUGGAAAAUUGUAGAAAUUGUUCAAGAACGUUUCAUGUCCAUUGUCAAAGAAAGGACAUAUUCUUACCCAACGGAACCAAUAAUAUAAAAUUAAAAGAUCAUGUGCCAAUAGAAACUUUUUUAAGUGAUGAAACAAGUGAUUUGAACAGUAGUAGUAAUAGAGAUUUAGAUGAAGUUAAUCGUUCUAUAACAAGUACUGAUGAUGGUAUAACAGACGAGCUAUCUCCACCCCAUGAAACUUCAUCAAGUAAAUUAAAAGAAGAAACAUUUGAAAAUGAAAAAACAGAUGAGAAAAAUAUUGAUGUUUUAUAUGUUGGUCAAAUUCGAGAGCCAAAAAGAAAACGCGCUAAUAAUUCAAAUCAAAAUUAUAAAAAUGAAGUGGCAUGUGUUGACGACGAAAAUAAUGAUAUAAACAAAGAUGAUGAAUCUCUAUGCACAAAUUGUAGAUUUUUGAAAAAAUCUCCAACAUUAGAUCCGGCAAAUAUAACAAACGAAGAAACAUGUUAUUUAUUACAAUUUGUUUUCACCAGAAUAGCUAGUUGGAUUCCCUUAGAAACUUUUUCAACGUUGCCAAAAAUUAAAAGUUUUCAUCCACCAGGAAAAGAAGAAAUAAAUUUCUAUAAAGCAUAUUGUUUUAAAUAUAUUAAAACUCUAGAUGAAAUCGACGAAAAAAUCAAGAACAAAGAAUAUAAAUCAUUCACUGAAUUUUAUGUAGACUUUUUAGAUAUUCAACAUUGUAUUGGUAUUGUAUUUGGAACUGUCUCAGAAGAAUAUUUGGCUACAGAAUAUCAGAUGAAGGACUGUAACUAUGAAUUAUCCGAAAUAAGACAAUGUCGGGAUUGUUAUCGUCGUUCAAACGACAAAAAUUAUAUUAAUGAUUGGUUUUGUAUACCAUGUGUUCCAAGACAUGAAUUAGUUUAUGCUAAAAAAACACCAUGGCCAUAUUGGCCUGCUAAAGUUAUAAAAUUCAAAGAUAAUAAAUAUGACGUAAGAUUUUUUAGUGAUAAACAUGAACGGGCUAUAAUUGAUGCUAAAUAUAUUAAACCAAUUGAUGAAUAUCAACCUACAAAAACUUCAUCUGCUUUAAGAAAAGCAAUGGAAGAAUUAGACAAAUAUCGAAUUUAUGAUCAGCAACCAGCUGGUACUUUCUCAUUUGAAAAGGAACGGGUUUUUAAUAGAACGAUAACGCCAUUAAAUUUACAAAAUAAAAAUACUGAUUUUAAAACAAGACUUAGAAAUAGAAAAGAUAAUUUGAAAACGGUCCCUAUUCUGACUGCUUCUAAUAUCGUAACAAAAAGUAAUAAAAAAAAUAUAACAGAUACAGAUAAACCAUCAGGAAGUAAUAGUGUUUCGAGAAGAAAACAAAUAGAUAGGAAAACUAAAUCAAAUGAUUUUAAUACAAAGAAUAUGAAAUAUUAUGAAGCAGUUAAAAAUUUAGGAAAACAAAUCGAAAAAAUAACAAAUAAAGAUGAACUUAAAAGAACAGUAAUGGAAACCAUGCAAAAUGAAAUGAAAUUAUUAAAUGAUCAAAUAAAAGAAUUAUCGGCUGAAAUAAUUGAAACUAAAAAGAAACCAUGGUGUAAAUGGUGCCUUCAACCAGCCACUUUAUAUUGUUGUCAUAAUACAUCAUAUUGCACAUUAGAAUGCCAAAAAUUAGAUUGGCAUAAUGGACAUAAAUUUAAAUGCAGUCAUAAAAAUGAUGCAAGAUAAAAUAAAUUAACAAAAUAAUCAACAGCUGAAUAACUUAUGUACGUACUUUAUGUUAUUGUGGUCAUUUUACAUAUUUUUAUUAAAGUGAUAUAAAUAUUAAACUUUACUUGUAUUAUUCUUUAUAGAGUUUCUGUCCGAAAAUAUUUUUCUCGAAAAUAUUGUACUAAUUUUCUUCAUUAAUAAUAAUUUUAAUUUAUUUUGAAUAAGAUGUUAAAAAUUAGUGUUAC